AUGACUGAGAACCCCAACCCUAGUCUGAAAAUCACCACCUCUCUAUUUAAUGGUCAGAACUACCUAGCAUGGUCUCAAAGUUUGACUAUAUUUUUGAAGAGUCAAGGGAAGAUGGGAUAUGUUGAUGGCAGGAUACAGGCACCUAGUACCACUGACUCGGGUUAUGACCAAUGGGAGAUUACCAACUCUUUGAUUAUGGGUUGGCUUAUUCAUUCGAUGGUUCUUGAAAUUAGUGAGGGCUAUUUAUCUAUGGAGACUGCCCAAGAUGUUUGGGAUGCUGUAGCUGUCACCUAUUCCCGCAAAAGGAAUUUCUCACAGGCAUUUGAGUUACGCCGCUCUAUUGAGAGCUCACUUCAGGGGGAGCAAACUGUUCUUCAGUAUUUCACUUUCCUCACCAACGGCUGGAAAUGCCUUGACCACCUGGAAGACUAUAAGCCCAUUUGCCCUGCUGAUUUUGUCGGGUACAAGAAGUUCAUUGCACGGGAACGGGUCUUUAAAUUUCUGGGAGGCCUAAAUGUGGAGUAUGAUCCAGUUAGGGGUCGAAUUCUGGGUAUAGACACUCUUCCUUCACUUCAAGAGGUAUUUGCCUAUGUACAGAAUGAGGAGAGUCGCCGAUCUGCUAUGAUGUCCCCUGUCUCUAUUGACCGCUCAACAUUACUGUCUACUCCUCGAGAUGGCCUCAGCCUAACUCUCAUCCCUCCGUCUGCUGCUAAGGAGUCUAUAUUCUGUGAUUAUUGCAAGAAGUCGCGGCAUACUCAUGAGACGUUUUCUAAUACUGAGCUGGAGGAUGCUUUGUGCCAAUUGUUGGACCGCCGGUCUUCUACUGCUCUCAGUACAGCUUCAUCUUCCUUUGCCCGCUCAGGUCAAGACAAAGUUAGGAUUGCAGAUGGUACUGUUUCUUCCAUUUCUGGAAAAGGUUUAGUCCAAUCCUAUUUCUUGUCCUCUCCGGUGUCACCGUCCUCAUUUCCGGGGGAGCCUUGGUGUGAAGUGAGUCCUGUGCUUCCUAUAGUGGACCCAGUUGUUCUUGCACCACCUUCUUCUACUGUGCUUCCUAUGGUGGAACCAGUUCUUGCACCACCCUCUUCUACUGGGACUAUAGAACCUAAUGUCACCAAGGAUAAGGACGGGCAUGUUUAUGUCCGGGACAUAGAAAGACAACAAGUUAACUGGAUACAAGGGACCACUUCUACUCCUCCACUGCCAUCUCCUGCUUCUGAUGAGAGUCUAGGUAACUUUGAAUCUCUUGAGUCCAUUGAUCUUGAUGUUCCUAUUGCUAAAAGGAAAGUUGCUCGCUCUAAGGAUGGGAUAUUUGUCUCACAGAGAAAAUAUGUGCUUGACCUAUUGAAGGAAACUGGGAUGCUUGGCUGCAAGGCAUGUGCCACUCCACUGGAACCCAAUCAAAAAUUAGGGGAUGAUGAAGGAGGAGAAACUGUUGAUAAGGAGAGCUAUUAG